AUGGCCACUAACAGUACUUCAAAGCUUUCCCGUUUCACUUUUCUGACGAUUUCAUAUCUGAUAUCGUCCGUCCACGUCAUCACCGUCGUUGAGGCAAGGAGCCUCCAGACCACCACGGUGGCUAACGAUCACGAAGGCGCCGGAAACCUUAUGGAUUGUUGGAACGCGGCGUUGGAGCUAAAGUCAUGCACCGACGAGAUCGUCAACUUCUUCCUUAGCCGUACCGGUACGAUGGAACCGGGGGUUACUGGUGGAAUAGACCAAGAUUGUUGUGGAGCCGUUGGGUUGAUUGUCAAAGAUUGUUGGUCCGUUAUGUUUACUUCUCUAGGACUUACAGCUAUGGAAGGGAACAAUCUUAGAGAGUAUUGUGAUUUUCAGUCGGAGAAACCGGAAUUGUAUCCGUCUCCGGCGCCGGAAACUUUGGCUUUUCCUCCUGAUGAUUACACGUACCCGGAACUUGAUUAA